GCCCGAGGGGCCUCGCCGUGAGGAGGAGGAUCCGCGUCGCUCCGCGGCCCCGGGCCUUUCCGCCGCCUCCAGGGACCCAGGACGCGCCCAUUCCCCACGCCCGCACCGAGACAAGCUCCUCUCCCACGUCCCGAACCAGGGGUCUGGCCCCGCGCCGUGCUUGGAGAGCGACCACCCGCCCCCCGACCUGGACAAUGGCUACAGAACCCGGGAUGACUGAAGCUCUGAGCCCCAACGUGCCCCCUCCUCGGAAACAAGAGGGAGCCCCGGCCGGGCAGCGGGAGGAAGACCCCCCCCGGGGACCCGAAUCCACCCCGUCGGGGGAGGACCCCAGCCCCGAGACCUGCCGCCAGCGGUUCAGGCAGUUCUGCUACCAGGGAGCGGCCGGGCCCCACGAGGCCCUCGGCCGGCUGCGGGAACUGUGCCGGCAGUGGCUGAAGCCGGAGGUGCGCACCAAGGAGCAGAUCCUGGAGCUGCUGGUUCUGGAGCAGUUCCUGACCGCCCUGCCCGGGAACAUCCAGGCGCAAGUGUGCAAGCGUUGCCCAGAAAGCGGGGAAGAGGCGGUGGCCCUGGUGGAAGAUCUGCAGCGACAAUCUGGGCCCGCCGGGCCACCGGUCACCGGGCACCCGGACGAUCGGGAAGAGAACUCGGAGGAGACGGCCCUCUCGGGAGCCACGUGCGAGUCACCGAGCUUCCAGCUGGAGCCGGGCGAGAUCAAGUCCGAUGGGGAGAUCGAGGAGGAGGAGGAGGAGGAGGAGGAACGGGGACACGUGAGAUUCAGCAUCGAGGAGCGACUCCUCCAGAGGGCUUGGCCUUCUUCCGAGCUUCCAGUCUUGCUUCGGAAGGGGAGAGCCUGGAGCACAGAGAAGCCCACAUCCCUCGCCCGAGAAGACCGUGGCCACCCGGACCCCGGACAGAGCUUCCGAAGCAAGGACGGCGCGCAAGAGAACAGGAAAGGGCUGACUCCGGUGACGCUGGACCCCAGAACCGCCCACCCCUGCCUCAUCCUCUCCGAGGACCUAAAGCGCACCAGCGUGGGUGACGCCCACCAGAAACUGCCCGACAACCCCGAGCGGUUCACGUCCUGGUUCUGCGUCCUGGGCCGGGAGGGCUUCGCCACCGGGAGACACUACUGGGAGGUGGAGGUCGGGGACCAGGGCGGGUGCGCUGUCGGGGUGGCCCGGGAGUCCGUGAAGAGGAAGGGGGGUGUCCGCUUCGACCCCGGGGAAGGGGUGUGGGCCGUGGAGUUCUGCCAGGGUCAGGCCUGGGCCCUCACCUCCCCCAUGACGCCCCUGGACCUCCCCAGGGGCCCCCGGUGGGUGGGGGUGGCCCUGGACUACGAGAGGGGGCAGGUGUCUUUCUCCGACGCCGAGACCCAAGUCCCUCUCUUCACCUUCACCGCCGUGUUCGCCGAGAGAGUCCGCCCGCUCUUCUGGCUCUGCGGUCGGGGGUCCCGCCUGGCCCUGAGACCCUGAGGGACCAGGGCAGGUCCCCCCCGCAGCGUCAGCUCAGGCCUCUCCCGAAGGCCCUGGAUCGUCCUCUCUCCCCGUCCCUCCCACCUCCUACAAACUCUCGUGGCCUCGAGGUCGGUCGGUACUUCUCCCGCUCCCAGGCGGAAGGGCGGGAUCUCUCUCCGAAGCAGGGCGCGGUGGACGGGGAGGGCCCUGAGGGGAGAGAGAACCUCCUCGGGAGCAGGCCGAGAGGAUGUUUUGGAGAGUGGAGCCAUCCCGCCCCUCUUCCCUCUCCCCCUUGUCUCUCUCCU